AUGGCGGACGGCUUCUCGGCUGCCGGCGCGGAGGUGCCCCGGCAUCCAGAGGCGACGCGCACGAGGUACUGCACGAUCGAACACAUGGCCCUCCUGGUCAGAAUCAGGACCCUUCAGACCCACAUCGAGACCUUGAGUGCGGAGGGCCUGGAGUCGCAGGCGGCCGCGGCCAGCGGCGUGAGCGCCGCCGCGCCUGCGCUCGUGGCGGCGGCGGCCUGCGCCGUGCUGGCCGGCUCGGGCGCCGCGGCGCGCAUGCGGCGGAGGCCCACAGCUGGCGUGGCGCAGGCGCCGCCGACCAGCCGCGCCCACUUCCUCAGCACGCUCGGGGGCCUCUUCCAGAAGCCACGCAGUGCCCCGCGCGCCGACGGGCCGAGCGCCAGCGUGGCCGACAGGGUCGCCGCGGCCGUCGGCGGCCUCUUCGGGCAGCAGCCCGCCCGCCACGCGCCGCCCUCCCCGCGGCACCCCGCCGACGCCCUGGGCGACGCCUUCGGCCGCGUUGCCGAGGGCGUCGGGGGCCUUCUCGGCGGCGCGGGCCAGGGCGUCGGGGGCCUUCUCGGCGGCGCGGGCCACCACGGCGCUGUCGCCUCGGCGGCGCCUGCUGCGCCGUCGCCGUCGUGGCCGCCAGCGCUCUUCGGGCAGCCAGAGCCCGCCCGCCACGCGCCGCCCUCCCCGCGGCACCCCGCCGACGCCCUGGGCGACGCCUUCGGCCGCGUUGCCGAGGGCGUCGGGGGCCUUCUCGGCGGCGCGGGCCACCACGGCGCUGUCGCCUCGGCGGCGCCUGCUGCGCCGUCGCCGUCGUGGCCGCCAGCGCUCUUCGGGCAGCCAGAGCCCGCCCGCCACGCGCCGCCCUCCCCGCGGCACCCCGCCGACGCCCUGGGCGACGCCUUCGGCCGCGUUGCCGAGGGCGUCGGGGGCCUUCUCGGCGGCGCGGGCCACCACGGCGCUGUCGCCUCGGCGGCGCCCGCCCCGCCGUCGCCGUCGUGGCCGCCAACCUUCGCGGUCGUGGAGGGCAUCGAGGGGCUCUUCGGCGGCGCUGGCAAGGCCAGCGCUCCGCGGACGCCCAGCGGCGCCGUCCAGGGCAGCGGCGAGGGCAUCAACGGCUUCAUGGAGUCGGUCGGGGACUUCUUCAGCAAAGGCCAGGCCACGAGAGGUCCAGGCGUCGUGGUGUCGGCGGCGGACGCGGACGGGCCGGGGGCGACUGGCCUGGACGGCUUCGUGGAGGCCGUCGGGGUCGCCUUCGGCGCGAAGCCCGCGGCGGUUGCGGGCCGCGCGGAGAAGCCCGCGGUGGCCGCCGCUGGGGGCCUUGGCGGCUUCGCGGAGGCCAUGGGCGGCUUCCUCGGUGGAGGGCCGUCGGGGCCAGCCGUCAUGGUGGCGGCGGCGGACGCGGAUGACGAGGAGCCUGGGGCCGACAGUCCGGUGGCUUUGGCCGCGCGUGACGAGUUCGACGGCAUCUCCGCUCUCGCCGGGGCGGUCGGGGGGGCCAUCGGGCACGCACAGGCCGGCGCCUCGAUCGCCGUGGCCAUGGCGCAGGGCAUCGCCGCGCAGGUUGAGAGGAGGGACAACGGGAGGGCGGCGCAGUGGCGCUUGGCUGCCAUGGAGAGGCGCAUCUCGCAGCUCGACCGGCGGGCGGAGGACCUCAUAGGCGCAGUGGAGCGCGGCGGCAUCGAGCCGGACGCAAAGGCUCGUUUCCUGCACGCGGCGGACGAAAUCCAGAUCCAGAGGGCUUUGCUUGCUGUCCAGCUGGACACGGAGCAGACAGUCGGCGAGUGGCUACCAGCCGCCCGGGAGGGCGCCGAGCAGCUCGCGCGAGGCCUCGAGCUUGGCUCGUCCUGCGUCGCGGACGGCGUCGUGGCCGUUGCCCGAGGCAUCGCCGAGCUCCGGCCGAGCUCGCCCGGGGGCGCCCAGCUGCUCGACGAGCGGUGGCCUUCGGCGGCCUCCCGCGAGGAGACGGGCGGGCCAGUCGACGAGCCGACGCAGUCGCCAGCGGGAGACCAGCUCGGCACAACUGCGCGGCCGCCACCAUGGAGACGACCGACAGGGCGAGCGCUCCCGCCGUGGUGGAGGCGCCCUGCCCGGCGACUGCUCCAGCCGCCGCGAAGGUGGCGGGAACGGAGAGCGCCCCUGCUUGGGCGGAGGUGGCCACCUUCGCGAGUGCUCCCGCCGUGA